AUGGCGCCUGGAUCAGUAACGACGCCUGUUUUGGACGAAAAAACGCACGUGAUAGAAAAACCAAAGCAACAAGAAGGCGAAAGGGAACAAUGGGAUACUAAAAUUGAGUUUCUACUUUCGGUGAUUGGGUUUGCGGUAGAUCUGGGAAACGUAUGGAGAUUUCCGUAUGUAUGUUACCGAAAUGGAGGAGGUGCGUUUUUGAUCCCAUACCUGGUGAUGCUGGUGUUCGGGGGUUUCCCUCUAUUCUACAUGGAGCUGGCCCUGGGGCAGUACCAGCGUUGUGGCUGCAUCACGGUGUGGAAAAGAAUCUGCCCGGUACUCAAAGGUAUAGGGUAUGCAAUCUGCAUCAUCGCGACCUUCGUGUCCUGGUACUACAACACGAUCAUCUCGUGGGCCGUGUUCUACUUCUUCAGCUCGAUGCAAUCAGAAGUGCCAUGGAAACACUGUCACAACCCAUGGAAUACCCCGAAUUGCAUAGAUUUUGAGCAGAGAGCCGAGUACUACAGACAAAACAUAACCGCUAAGAAUUACACAACUCCAAACGAGGAAUUCUUUGAACGGGAGGUUCUCGGGUUGGACGGGGACAAGUACAACAUCGACAACCUUGGUCCGGUCAAUUGGAGGAUUGCCCUCUGUCUUGUUGGCGUCUUUGUUCUCGUAUAUUUUGCAAUGUGGAAGGGGGUCAAGAGCUCUGGAAAGGCUGUGUGGAUCACGGCGACCAUGCCUUACGUGGUGUUGACAAUCCUGCUUAUCCGUGGAGUGACGCUAGAUGGCGCUCUGGAGGGCAUCGAAUACUUCAUCAUACCAAGAUUCGACAGGCUUGGAGACUAUUCGGUUUGGGUGGACGCCGCGGCACAAAUAUUUUUCUCGCUGGGUCCUGGCUUUGGUGUACUACUUGCUUUAUCGAGCUAUAACAAGUUUUCAAACAACUGUUUCAGAGAUGCGCUCUUGACAAGUGGUGUUAACUGCGGUACCAGCUUUCUAGCCGGGUUUGCGGUGUUUUCCGUGCUCGGUCACAUGGCCUAUACCCAAAACACAGAUGUAAGCAAAGUCGCCAGAGAAGAUGUGGGGCUUAUAUUCAUCGUGUAUCCUGAAGCCAUCUCCAAUCUGAGCAUCUCCAGUUUCUGGGCGAUCUUAUUCUUUUUCAUGUUGAUUACACUCGGCCUGGAUACUACGUUUGGAGGACUAGAGGCAAUAGCGACGGGAAUCCUUGACGAAUGGCCGCAACUGAGGAAACGGCGGGAAAUCUUCAUCUUGGUUCUUAUGAUCUACUGCUUCCUCGGAGGACUCGCCACAACUACCUAUGGUGGAAUUUACCUCGUGCAAUUGAUGGAUACCUACGGAGCCCCGAUAUCGAUUCUAUUAAUCGUGUGUCUAGAGGCAGUAGCAGUAUCAUGGAUAUAUGGAGCGACUCGUUUCGAAGUUGAUAUCGAAGCAAUGCUGGGACCGCAGCAUCCUGCCUACUGGUGGUUCUGGAAGAUUUGCUGGAUGGUCAUAUCGCCCAUCUUCCUUUUGAUAUUAUUCAUUCUAUCCCUGUAUAUCGCGCCGACGCCUCGUUACGGGGAAUACGAAUACCCGACGUGGUCAAUAGUAGUCGGGUGGUUGAUAGUGUGCUCUUCGUUAGUUCUUGUGCCCGCGUACGCCGUCUACAAGUUCUUGAUUACUCCUGGGACUGUCGCUGAACGAAUUCGCACUAUAAUGAUCCCAGAGGAGGCCCCCGUGCAUACCGAGGAGAUCCGCGUGUACGUCUAGAAGAAGCUGCCUGUGUUGACAUCCUCUUUCAUGGAAGAACGAACUGCCGAACACGGUUUAGACAAUUGAGGACUAGUUUGUCGUGUAGAGAUGUUGUAAGAAGAAAUACGAAACACCUUUGAAACUGUACCUGGAUUCAUACGUCUUAGAGUCAUUGGCAUUAGGUUUAGUUUUUCAACUUAAUUAUUGUAAAGUGUGACAAUUAAGCUGUAACUGUAUUUUAUAAUAUGACUCUUACUUUUUGGCGCGCUAAUGGCAAAACUGUUGAGUGCGCCAUCGUUAAUGUACACUAUUUUACCCUUUUUAUAGAAAAAAUUAUUGUUAUUCAAACAAAUUGCUUUUAUGAUUUUGUGAAUACCUUAUUUCAACGUUGGCUGUACCACCACACACGAGUUAGAAGCACUACUGAUUGAUAUGGAUGCAAUUAUCUAUUCAAUAUGUAAAUAAUGAUAUAUUCGAAAGGUUCUUGAAUUAUGCGAUAGUAUUCUUACCGGUUUUUUUUCGGAUGAACUGGAACACUUUGUGUUUAAAGUGGUGUUUUUUUACAAAUGGGUGAAUGUUAGCAUAACUUACGGUAUUGCAGCUAACUCGUUAUUCCUGAUAGAUCACUCUAUAGGAUUUAACAACUGUUUCAACUGGAAUAAUAUAGCAUUACAAACAAGGCGUACAUCGGCGGUGAACGUCAAGAUACUGUCGAAAGGUGCAGUAUAUAUCGUAUUUAAUACAUUAAACAGUGUACACCACAUACAAUUUAGAAUGCGAGUAGUUGUUUUUAUGUCUGCUAAUCAUGCAUACUGUAAAAGUGAUUUAUAUCCAGAUAGCUGUGAUCAUGUUAUAUAGCUAGUCAGCUUUCAUACUGUGUCAUAGUAUUUGUUAGUUGUUAUAUUGUUAAGUUUUAUUGUAUAGUCAUUAUCUAGUAACUGUGAACAAUCCUGAACGGUAAAAUGACGACGUGUCAUUUCAAAACAUAGAACAUAGAAAUGAAAAUGUUCGCUUUAUAAAAAGUGUAACUAUCUUUGUUUAUUUUGAAUAUAAAAGCAAUAAGUAUGUUGUCAAUACAAAGAAAACGGCAUAUUUCAUUGUCCAAUAUCAUUUCAGACUUGACAUUUAAAUAAAAAUUUGGCAACUAGUCUUUCAAAAUACGUUAGUUCUCGUAUCAAAAUUAUCGUUGCUUAGUGUGUAAUAUAUAGUUUGUCGCGAUAUUUACCAUGUCAUGUUAACAAUUUCUCUAAAACUAUCUCAAAAUUCCCUUUAGUCUUUCACAAACAUACUUUUGUACAGCUUUUAAAUGAUCUUAUAAUGAACUGUUAUAUAUUUGUAGCUGUAUUCAAAGGCUAACAGAAGUAAAAGAACAUAACAGAAGAUAAAAUGAUCAUUUCAUAGAUUUGAAAUUCUUUUUUUUACAGUUGCAAUGCAGUUCAAAUCAACAAGAUUUGUUAUAAAAUAUCUUGAAUAUUAAAACCGAUCGUAACAAAGUGCUUUUGUAUAUAGAAACUAUGUCUAUAAGUAUAACAUUAAUGUGACAACAUUUUUAAACAAUUUUGCAUAUACCUAAUAUAUCGCAUGUAUAAUCACACAAUAAACUCAAACAACUUCAUGCAUAGCUCUUAAAACAUGAUACUUAGUAAACUGUUAUUGGCAAAUGUGUGUAGA